AUUUUGGAGUUGGUUUUUAAUCCCAUUUAUAAACAUAAACUACAAAAUUGUUGAAAAAUAACAGGUUAAUAGCGUGGACAUUUUGAACUAUUGUGAUAUGCUUCGCAAUGACUGUAAAAGACACAAUCUAGUUUGAGGAAUUAUAGGAUUGAUGCCAUGCUAAAUAAAGACGAACGAUUAAAAUGAGCGCUCCUGGCGUGGAUAUGUCGCGGGGAAGCACGCCUCAUCUGCCCCCUAUAGACGCUGGAUACGACACUCCGGGAAGUGAUUACAUGAGCGCCAUGCGUGCUAGACAGACGCUUGCAUCUGGGUCCGACAAAGGAAGCUUUUGUCACGUGAAAACCAGUUCAGCCAGGCGGGGCGAUGAUCCAUUUGUUAAUAGGAAAACGACAAAUUGUGGAUGUUCAAGGGAACAUGAUAUCACAAAUAUAAAACCACAGGAGAACGGACAAGAUCCGAACGAAAAACUCAUGUUAAGUCGAAAGUCAAUCGUCCGCGAGUUGACGAUGCCGGCUACAAAUUUUGCAAAACAUGGCGUUGCAGGAAAAUCGGCAUCGGAUGCGGGGGCUUACGCGUGCACCAGCCCUCAUAAGCACAACCAUCCCGGAAGUGGUAGCACAAAACGCCGGAUGUCGGUAAGGUCCAUACCGAAAAUUCGGCUCACGACGGCCUGGAAUGCACCACCGAUCACGGACGUCCGCUACCAGGAGGCAAAGCGGCGGCUCAUGGAGGGCAGCGGGAAGUUCAGCGGCCAGAUGAGGCGCUACUUCCGGGAGGAGGUUCCGUGGUGGGAGCAGGUGCCUGACAGCGACGACGAUGACUACGACACCGACCUCGACACACACAUAGGAUUUGCGCUAAUUGCAGACGAAAAAUCACGAGAAAUCAUUCAAGAGGGCAUGUUUCCGGAAUACAAGCAAGAAUGCCGGAAGUACAAAAGUAAUCCGAAUUCGUACUUGAUGCGGCAUGGCUUGGACGACGAGGUUUCCAUGAAACACAGAUAUCUAAACGAAGGAGAUUCCAAAACAAUUUCAAAUCUAGUCAAGAAUCAUCUUACCCUUGGCUGUCUCAACCUGGACGACAAUGGACUUGGGCCGGAGGGGAUGCGCCAUCUAAGCCUCAUUUUGCAUGGCAACGCACAUCUUACGGAGCUGGUGCUGUCGCGGAACAAACUGAGCCCUAUGGGCGCAAAGCAGCUCCGCCUGGCCCUCAUCCAUAACAGUUCCCUCUCCAGACUCGACAUUUCCGAGAAUUGCUUCGGAGACAAGGGCGGGAAAUAUUGCGGAAUGAUUAUUGAGGAAAAUUCAUCCAUUAAGGAGCUGUGUAUUUCCGGGAACGGGAUUGGGGAUGAGGGUGCUCGCUAUAUUGGAAAGGCUUUAGGGGGUAACAAGUGUCUGAAGGCCUUAGACAUCAGCUGGAAUAACAUCCGGUCUACAGGGGCCGUCAGGUUGGCUGACGGACUGAAGAGAAACUCUGGAGUGGAGAUAUUUCUGGCAUCACACAACGGCUUCGGUGACGAGGGUGGCAAGGCCGUCAUCCAAUCGUUCCGGAAGAGCGGGGUCAUCAAGGCGCUUGACCUGGCCGCCAACCGGAUGACGGAAGUGGUGCUCAAGUCGCUCACUCAUACUCGAGACAAUAAUGAAAGUCUUUGUUCGUUAAACUUGACUGGUAACUCGUUCCCUGCUAGACAGACGAUAGACUUCUUGACGGGGUUACUCUCUUCUCCGGGAUCGCUGGUCUACAUCGGACUACAGGUGACGCCGGUGACGGAGGACGUGCGGGGCGUGGUUAAAGCGUUGCAGACCGUGCAUAACAUCGUGGUGGAGUUCGCGGACCCGCCCGCCCACCGUCACGUGACUAGAGACGUCCUCACCUCCAACCUUAUCCAGGUUGCAAUGUUCAUGGACCGUGAGGGUCUUGCGGUGGAUGACCUGUUUCCUGACUGGGAGGAUGAGGAUGAGGACUGCAUGCUUAUGAUCACGGUCGAUGAGGUGUUUACCGCUAUCGAGUGUUGUGGAAGGCUAGCCAAAUUCGACAAGCUACAGAAACUGAAACAAAAACUCCUUUUCGGGAAGAAACGAAAAUUCUCCAUAUACGAGUUCUCCAAAGUGUACGAACAAAUCGUGUGUGGAAAAGAUCCCAUGCGGGAACAGCCGCUGCGCACGCACCUCCGAAGGUCGCUCAAGGAGGAGCAGGAGGAAAAGGAGCGACAACAGCGGAAGAAGGCGCGUAAGCGACGGCCUGUAGGCGGACUGACGGACACAGCAGACGCAUGACACGAGCACCUGAUUGGACAGACGUGUUACGCGUAGAUAGUGACAAUUAUUAAUGGAUAAAUUUUGCUAAAAGAUCAUUUGUUUCUGAAAUAAAAAG